UGAAAUAUUUGAGUGGUCCCACGAAUGGUGUCGCGUGGACAUUACUUGAUGUGCAAUUGAUCGCCGGAUGCUGGUACAGUACGGUGGUGCCGGUGCUGUUGGAGGACCUCGUAAUACGACCAUGAGCGACGGGUACCACCACGGUUACCACCACCAUCUGCCGUCGUACGAGUACGCACCGCCCAGUGGCCCUGGUAAUAACACUCUGCACGAAGCGUACGGUCGGGCCGGGCACCACCCGGGAUUCCCUCCUGGGGCGGGCGGUACGGCAGGUACGGCCCCAAACCACAACCAUACUUCCACUAACGCUAGCACCUACAAAAUGUCUCGUACCGUUUCGAACUCCCAACCGGCCCUGGAACGGUCCGACGUGCACGUGGAAUACGAAGUGGCCGUCCCGAUACACAGCAUCGAGUCGAUCCGCCACACGCCGUACCAUUCGCUAUGGAACCUGCACGAGUGCUCGGCACCGUCCACGUCCGGCUUCCAGCAUAUGGCCCGCAUGAUGGACACGCUGAUCCUGGAUAAUUUGGCACCGUUUGCGUUCACGAAAAUCACCACGACCACACAUCGGCCGACGAGGAUCGGCGGUGGGCCGAGCGGAUCGGGUGGCAGCGGAGGUGUUCCGGGCGGUGGAGGCAGCGGAGACAGCGUUGGAGGUGGCGGUGGUAGCGGCAGCGGCGGCAGUGGACGAGGCGGUGGCCUGAUCGAUGUGCGCGCGGGCCCACUGGGCCCCCUGGAUCGGGACGGAAUGAUGCGCGGGGGCCCGAUGGUCGGGCUCGGCGUGAAGAAGGCAACGAGCACCAGCAACGUCAGCAACCUGGUCGGUGCCGGAGCGGUCAGCUCGUCGACAAUCCGUGUCAACCUGCAGAAGAACAAAAUACCGACACAAGGUCAGUGCGGUCCACUACUUGGUGAGGUCCACCCGAAUCCGCGGCAUGCAAACCUUGCCUCGAAUGCGUCGUCCCCUCCGACGGCCACGGACUCGCGCUGGAUCUCGUCGCUCCGGCGGCGCGAUCCGGAGCUACAGCCGACACUGCCCUCCAUCAAUCACUCCAACCACCACAGUACCUCAUCGCUGACGCACCAGCACAGCAUCGGCUAUACCAGCUCCUCGAACACGCCCAACACGGACCGGCGCAGCAGCCGCACCAGUGGCCACCAGAAAUCUUCCCUUCGUAAGAGCCGCUCGGUGGAGCGCAUCCGGGCGCGCAAACUGGCCACCUCGAAGAUCAAGGAGCGCCCGAAAAAGUCGUCCUCCGAGGAGGGUGGCGGCUCCGACGACCAGGAGGUCACCUCCGUGGAGGAGAACUCCCCCCAGCAGCAACACUCGCCCGUGAAGCGGCUCGAGAAGUCGUCGAAGAUGUUCAACGCGAUCGGCUACGAGCCGCACCUGAUCGACACGCUGGAGAAGGACAUGCUGCAGAAGAACCCGAACGUCCAGUGGAACGAUGUGGCCGGACUGAACGAGGCGAAAGCGAUCCUCCAGGAAGCGGUCGUGCUGCCGGUGAUACUGCCGGACUUUUUCCGCGGUAUCCGCCGGCCGUGGAAGGGUGUGCUGAUGGUGGGCCCACCGGGAACGGGCAAAACAAUGCUCGCCAAAGCGGUAGCAACCGAGUGCGGCACCACGUUUUUCAACGUGUCCUCGAGCACCCUGACGUCCAAGUACCGGGGGGAGAGCGAGAAGCUGGUCCGGUUGCUGUUCGAGAUGGCCCGCUUCUACGCUCCGAGUACGAUCUUUAUCGACGAGAUCGAUUCACUGUGUGCCUGCCGUGGGAGUGACUCUGAGCACGAGGCCAGCCGACGCUUCAAGGCGGAACUGCUGAUCCAGAUGGAUGGUCUGAAUGCCGCGAACGAUGAGAAGGUGAUCAUGGUGCUGGCCGCCACCAACCAUCCCUGGGACAUCGACGAGGCGUUCCGGCGACGGUUCGAGAAGCGCGUCUACAUUGGUCUUCCGAACGAUAACACUCGCAAGGCGCUGCUCGAGCUGUGUCUGAAGGGUGUCAGUAUAUCGCCGGACCUGAACACGGACAGCGUUGCCGAUCAGCUGAACGGGUACACGGGGUCGGACAUCGCUAACGUCUGUCGCGAUGCCGCGAUGAUGGCAAUGAGACGUCAUAUCAACGGUCUCAGCCCGUCGGAAAUCAAGAUGAUUCGCCGGGAAGAGGUGGACCUGCCCGUGACCGGCCAGGACUUCCAGGAUGCGAUGCUCAAGACGCGCAAAUCCGUUUCGGCCAACGAUGUCACACGGUACGAAACGUGGAUGGAUGAGUACGGGUCGUGCUAGUGUUACAUCUAAACCCGCCCGGGGGAAUCUGUGACGAAUGACGGCUCAAAACCUCCAAGGCCCGGCCCGACCCUCCAUCGAAGCAAUCUUCAGCUCUAAUUCUCUUUCGCUGUAGCUAAGCAAUGUAUCACCAACGCACUCCAUUAAGGCAGGUGGACCCUGAGUGGCCCAAUCCAAUCCACCAGGGAAGGAGGCACCUAUGUUCGGACAGUAAUCGUCCCAUUUUCGUUACGUUGCCUUUUGUAUUGUUUCAGUCCGUUAGGAUCGUGGUUUAGUGUUGCGUACAACUGCCUAUUGUUCUU